CGUUGAACGGCCAUUGCCUCGGCAUCCAGUCAGAUGCUUUCGCCCCUUGGCUUGCCAUCCAGUACAAACUCAACACCGUGACACCAACGGAUCUAGCCGCCCAGACUGGUCUCUUCAGCCUUGCCAUUCCCAACAACCAUGGCGCCAGACGACAGGCCUCAGACUACUGCCCCUUUCGCUGAGGCAGUAAAGGUGGAGAAGCUGGACUCGAACACGUAUCGCGUUCAUCUCCACGAGGACUACUGCAUUGGCUCUGUCCCCAAUGGCGGCUACACAGCCUCAUGCAUCCUGGCCGCCGGCCGCCUGCACCUCCAGUCACGCAGCCAGCCGGACGCGUUCACAGCACACUUUGAGUUCCCCGGGCGGACGGCACAGGGGCCCGCCAUCAUCACAGCAGACGACAUCAAGCUCGGCACCCAGCUGUCCACGCUGCAGCUGACCCUGUGGCAGGGCGGCCUACAGCCCACGGCGCCGUGGAUCACGCCGGGCGCCUCGCGGCGGACGGUGCUCGCGUACGCGACCCUCGCAGACCUGCGCGGCAUGUCGGGCAUCUCCCUCGAGACGGGCUGGGGCGCCUCCCCCGCGGCCGCGCUGCCGGGCCCCACGCCGGACUUUGGCGCGCUCCUGACGGGGCGGUCCGAGGCCGGGGCCGGCGACGGGUUCUGGGAGGAGCAGGUCACCCCGCCGAGCAAGGUCUUCCGCUCGCUGCAGAACUGGCGCUUCUUCCUGCCCCGGGGCGGGGCCAUCGAGCCCGGGUUCGUGGACAUGUGGGCCUGCCGGUCGAACCGCGAGCCCGUGACGCAGGCCGCGCUGGCGUACCUGGUCGACUCGUUCCCGUACAACAUCCACAUGUACCUCAUGUCGCCCGAGCUGAGGGCGCUCUUGCAGACCCCUCGGGGGGGUGAAGGGGGCGGCGGCGGCGGCGGCGGCGGCGACGCGAGGGCGGAAGACCUGCACAACAAGAACGAGCAGCGCGCUGAGCUGUGGUUCCCGACUGUGGUGUUGAACCUGGAGGUGAAGACGGCGCUGCCCGAGGAGGGGCUGGACUGGUUUGCCGUGCGGGUGCAGUCAAAGGUGAUCAAGGACGGCAGGUUUGAUACGGAUGUGAUGGUGAGGGACAAGAACGGCGAGGUGGUUGCGUUGAGUCAGACUGUGUCGAUGAUUGUGAGCAUGGAGAGGAAUACGGCUAGAAAGGGUGCCGCGAAGGCGUCUCUGUGAUGGGUCAAUUCAUGCCGUGCUAGAAAUUAGAAGCCCAAUUCAAAGGUGUUCUGCAG